CAAAACCACCCUCCUCUCUAUCUCUUCUCCUCACUAUAUAAUCAACCUUCACUUCUCCUCUUCUAUCACGCUUCCAUUUCUUCUCAACCUACAUUCUUACCUUAGACAAACACCUCAACAACGAACCAACACACCGCGACAAUAACUCUAGUCUAGUAGAGUUUAUUGUUAAUCCAACACAUACAUACACAUGGAGUUCACCCCUAGCAAAAACCAUACAAUGGUUUCCUUUGUGCUAGGACUUGUCUUGUUCUUUGCUACCGCGUUCUCCUUGGCCUCGGCUAAAGUCCAAUACCAUGAUUUUGUUGUACAAGCAACACCAGUGAAGAGGCUGUGCAAAACUGUGAAUGCCAUAACGGUUAACGGCCAAUUACCUGGACCUACUUUGGAUGUUUAUGAGGGUGACACUCUUGUUGUCAAUGUUGUUAACAGAGCUAAAUAUAAUGUCACAGUUCAUUGGCAUGGUGUGCGACAAAUGAGGACCGGAUGGGCUGACGGACCAGAGUUUGUGACUCAAUGCCCUAUUAGACCAGGGGGUAGCUACACGUAUCGAUUUACGAUUAGAGGACAAGAAGGGACUCUAUGGUGGCAUGCUCAUAGCUCAUGGCUAAGGGCAACCGUGUAUGGAGCUUUAGUUAUUCGUCCUAGGCCAGGAACUCCGUACCCAUUCCCUAAGCCUACUCGCGAAACACCAGUCAUUCUUGGAGAGUGGUGGAACCGUGACCCCGUUUCAGUGGUUAGACAAGCUACUAGGACCGGAGCAGCCCCUAACGUGUCCGAUGCAUACACCAUCAAUGGUCAGCCAGGAGACCUCUACAACUGCUCUAAGCAAGACACUGUCAUUGUCCCAAUCGACGUAGGCGAGACACAUCUUCUACGAGUGAUCAACGCAGCCUUAAACCAAGAGCUCUUCUUUUCGGUUGCAAAUCAUCCAUUCACGGUAGUAGGAGCUGAUGCAGGCUACCUCAAGCAAUUCACAACCAAUAUCAUAAUGCUCGGACCAGGCCAAACCACGGACGUCCUAAUCUCAGGAAACCAAGCACCAGGACGGUACUACAUAGCUGCCAAGCCUUACCAAAGUGCACAAGGAGUAGCCUUUGACAACACCACAACCACGGCCAUACUCGAAUACAAGUCCCUCCCUUGUCCUCCUAAGGGAGUUGCCAAGCCUAACCCUGUGUUCCCAACCCUACCGGCUUUUAAUGACACCAAUACAGUCACCUCCUUCACUAACAAACUCCGGAGCCCAAGGCGUGUACCAGUCCCCCUCGAUAUCAGUGAGAACCUUCACUUCACAGUGGGACUAGGCCUACAGCAAUGCCCACCAGGGUUCAGCAGUAGCCAAUGCCAAGGACCGAAUGGGACCAGGUUUGCUGCUAGCAUGAACAAUGUCUCCUUUGUACUUCCAUCAAACUGGUCCCUCCUACAAGCACACAAAUUUGGCAUCCCUAGGGUGUUCACUACUGACUUUCCGGCUCAACCUCCGUUGCAAUUCGAUUACACAGGCAAUGUUAGUCGCGCUCUCUGGCAGCCUCUGAAGGCUACUAAGUUAUAUAAGAUGAAGUAUGGAUCUACAGUACAGAUUGUGAUCCAAGGUACUAGCAUUGUUACCGGAGAAAACCAUCCUAUGCACAUUCAUGGUUAUGACUUCUACAUCAUUGCACAAGGAUUUGGCAACUUCAACCCGAGUUCUGAUACCAAAAAAUUCAACCUCAUUGACCCUCCUAUGAGAAACACUGUUGCUGUUCCUGUCAACGGAUGGGCUGUCAUUCGAUUCGUUGCUGAUAAUCCAGGAGUAUGGUUGAUGCACUGUCACUUGGAUGUGCACAUUACAUGGGGGCUAGCUAUGGCUUUCAUAGUCGAAGAUGGAAUCGGAGAGUUGGAGACUCUAGAGGCUCCACCAGAGGAUCUGCCAAUAUGUUAAUGAAGAUAACAAGAAAACAGUAUAAAUUGGAAAUAACACUUAAAAGUAUAGAGAAAGGGAAAAUUUUUUAUUCAGUGCAUAGAAAACAAAGAUAUACUAUACAUUAUUUGAAAAGUUGUUCAUUCGUUCUGUUUUGUUGUAAUUUUGCUUCAUUGUUUGUUUUGUAAGGAUUAGAUAAGUCAGGGGGUUUAAGAGUAAGAGGGCUGCAGUUUUCUGUUGUUGGUAAAAACAAUCAGGCAACUGCAGCUUACAGGGUAGAUGUUUAGCCUGACAUAUUUUGGUGAUUUAUAUUUUUUUAUCAGUUGUACUAUAAUUGAAUUCAGUUACAAAGAAAAAAAUUCAAUUUUUGGAAAUAUAACAUACAAGUACUGUAUUAUGUAAUACUAUGUUGUUCUUUCCUCAAUCUAAGAAAAAAAAUUCUCCAAAUUUCCCAUGA